AUGGCCUUUCUCAUCCUCGUCAUCGGGGACCUGCACAUCCCCGAUCGCGCGCUUGACAUCCCGCCCAAGUUCAAGAAGCUGCUCGCGCCCGGCAAGAUCGGCCAGACGCUCUGUCUGGGCAACCUCACCGACAAGCACACGUACGACUACCUGCGAUCCAUUGCGCCCGACCUCAAGAUUGUCAAGGGCCGCUACGACGUCGAGGCAACCUCGCUGCCCCUGACGCAGGUCGUGACACACGGCAGCAUCCGCAUCGGCUUCCUCGAGGGCUUCACCCUCGUCUCCAGCGAGCCCGACCUGCUCCUCGCCGAGGCCAACAGGCUCGACGUCGAUGUCUUGUGCUGGGGGGGCACCCACCGCUUCGAUGCCUUUGAGUACAUGGACAAGUUCUUUGUCAACCCGGGCAGUGCCACGGGCGCCUUUUUCAACGGCUGGGAAAAGGAGGGCGAGAACCCGACGCCGAGCUUUUGUCUCAUGGACGUCCAAGGCAUAUCCCUAACCCUCUACGUCUACCAAUUAAGAACAGAUGAUAAGGGCAACGAAAACGUAGCGGUGGAAAAAGUCACAUACACAAAGCCAGUCGAGCCAUCCGGAGGCUCAUCAUGA